AUGUGCAACGAGCCUCCCGCGCAGUCUGCGCAUCUUCAAGCCAAGUCUCGUCUGGCAAUUCUCCCUGACGAACUUGUCUUCAUGAUAGCUUCCUAUCUGGAAAGCCCGUCUGACCUCUUCUGCCUUGCCUCCUCAGCAACACGUUUUUGGACGAGGGUCAGCAAUCGAGACUUCAUAGAGAAAGACGCCGAGUUCCAGAGGUCUACUGCGAACUAUUACGAAAUAAUGGACAUAACAAGGGACUUCUGGUUAAAGAGGGUCGUGGAGUGGCAGGAAACUCCCUUGCAGUGGAACAAUCUUGCCGCAAGGUCCAAGAUGGGGAUGCCCGCCUUCAGUCUCAAGGGCCAACCAAUGAUACAUUGGGCUAUCACCAAGGACCAGGAUAUGUUCCAGUUGCGCGACAUGCCCUCGCGCUCGCAAUCCGUGGUGGCCGCUUGGAUGUGGUCCAACAGCUCACGAAGAGAAACGAAGAGAAACGAAGAAAUCGACGCGCAGUUGGCCGUCAUGUGUUCCGAGCAGACCCGUUUGCUAUUCCCGAAAGCUGUCAAGUUCCUGGGCGCCGGGUUCGACCUCCUGGAGCUCGCCUGUCGCACAGGCCAGCAGGCAAUCGCCCUCCAUCUGAUCGAGAACGACUACUUGAGCGCGAAGUUCCUCAUUGAGUGGCAUCGUACCGGAACGCCGACUAUGACACAUUAUGCUAUGUGGCCAGUACCUGAGGUCAUCAAGGCUAUCCUUAGGAAAGGCUCCCCAUUCCGACUCCGACUCCAAGACCGCACUUUCCGCACUUUCCGCGCGGGUACUAUCAUCGACUUGCUCCAUACAGCGGCGGAGACGUCGGUCACGGAUGAUAACUUCGAGGUUAUCGACGUUCUUCUCGCCGCAGAUGCUCCGUAUCUCGAGGAGACGCUCCGCGACGAGCUGCCGUCCAUCAUACAGAAAGCAUUGUGUUCGCGAAAGCCGAGAAAUGCGCUCCAUCUCUUCAAGUUCUUCUCACAAGACCGGGACCAAGAGAUCAACAGUCACAAUUAUCGCAGGUCGAUCUUGGACAUUGCUAAUUGUGCCGCAUCGCUAGGCCAUGACGCACCGCUCGACUUAAUCGAACUGCUCCUGGAGCAUUUCCCACGGAUCAGGGAUGGAGAUGACACUGCUGAGUACAUGCUUCACACCGCUCUCGAUGACAUAUGCUCGUAG